GCCGCAGCGGGCCACGGCUUCCGGAGGGUGACGCUCACCAAGCCCAGCUUCUGCCACCUCUGCUCCGACUUCAUCUGGGGGCUGGCCGGCUUCCUGUGCGACGUCUGUAACUUCAUGUCCCACGAGAAGUGCCUGAAGCAUGUGAGGACCCCGUGCACACGUGUUGCGCCCAGCCUGGUCCGGGUCCCCGUGGCACACUGCUUCGGCCCCCGUGGCCUCUACAAGCGCAAGUUCUGUGGGGUCUGCCGCAAGCCCCUGGAGGCGCCUGCGCUACGCUGUCAAGUGUGUGAGCUGCACCUUCACCCCGACUGUGUGCCCUUCGCCUGCAGCGACUGCCGCCAGUGCCACCGGGAUGACCACCAGGACCAUGACACACAGCACCACCACUGGCGGGAGGGGAACCUCCCCUCCGGAGCGCGCUGCGAGGUCUGCAGGAAGACGUGCGGUUCCUCUGACGUGCUGGCUGGCGUUCGCUGCGAGUGGUGUGGCACCCAGGCGCACUCCGUCUGCUCCGCAGCGCUGCCCCCCGAGUGCUCCUUUGGGCGUCUACGCUCCCUGCUGCUGCCCCCAGCGUGCCUGUGUCUGCUGCCUCACAACUUCAGCCAGAGGCACUGCUUUCGCAUUGCCGAGGCCUCAGAACUGGGCGAGGGAGACCACGGCGGGGAUGGGGGCGUCGCCCCAGGCCCAGGCCGAGAGAUGCCACUGUCUCCAGAGUCCAGCAAGCAGACCCUGAAGGUCUUUGAUGGAGACGAUGCUGUGAGGAGAAACCAGUUCCGUCUUGUCACUGUCCCUCGCCUGGCCAGGAGCGAGGAGGUGCUGGAGGCAGCACUACGGGCCUACUACAUCAGCGAGGACCCCCGAGACCUGGAGCUGCAGCAGCUACCCCUGCCCUCGCAGGCUGGCGACCCCCAGGCUGGGGGCAAGGCUGGGAGUGCCAGUGUCCCGGAGGAGAGCAGGGGCCUGGGGGCCUGCGAGGUCACACCAGAGGCCUGGGUCAUCCGGGCGCUGCCGCAUGCCCAGGAGGUCCUGAGGAUCUACCCUGGCUGGCUCAAGGUAGGCGUGGCCUAUGUGUCGGUGUGUGUGACCCUAGAGAGCACAGCUCGCUCAGUGAUGCUGGAGGUUCUGCCGCUGUUUGGACGCCAGGCCGAGGGUCCCGAGAGCUUCCAGCUGAUUGAGGUGUUCAUGGGCAGCAGGCAGGUCCAGCGGAUGGUGCUGGUGGACGAAGAGCCCUUGCUUGGCCGGCUUCAGAACAUGCGGCAGACGUCUGUGCGACAGGUGAGCCAGAUGCGGUUCUACGUGGUGGAGAGCAGGGCUGUGGCCCCCCACGUCUCCCUGUUCGUUGGUGGCCUUCCUCCUGGCCUGUCCUCCCAGGAGUACGACAUCCUGCUACAUGAGGCCAUGGCCACCAAAGCUGCCGUGGUGUCCGUGAGUCACGUCUAUUCCUCCCAAGGCGCAGUGGUGUUGGACAUCACCUGCUUCGCGGAGGCUGAGAGGUUGUACAUGCUGGCCAGGGACACAGCGGUGCAGGGCCGGCCACUCACCGCUCUGGUGCUUCCGGACCUGCUGCACUGGAAGCUGCCCCUGGAUAGCCGCCCCCUCCUUGUGUUUGUGAACCCCAAGAGUGGGGGCCUCAAGGGCCGAGACCUGCUCUGCAGCUUCCGGAAGUUGCUGAACCCCCACCAGGUCUUUGAGCUGACCCACGGGGGACCUCUUCCCGGGUUCCACCUGUUCUCCCAGGUGCCCUGCUUCCGGGUACUGGUGUGCGGUGGGGACGGCACCGUGGGCUGGGUGCUCGGGGCCCUGGAGGAGACGCGGCACCGUCUGGCCUGCCAGGAACCUUCUGUGGCCAUCCUGCCCCUGGGCACAGGGAAUGACCUUGGCCGUGUCCUCCGCUGGGGGGCGGGCUACAGUGGCGAGGACCCCCUCUCGGUGCUGGUGUCUGUGGAUGAGGCAGAUGCAGUGCUCAUGGACCGCUGGACCAUCCUGCUGGAUGCUGAGGCUGGCAGUACUGAGAACAGCGAGGCUGAUGCAGAGCCCCCCAAGAUCGUGCAGAUGAGCAACUACUGUGGCAUCGGCAUUGAUGCGGAGCUGAGCCUGGACUUCCACCAGGCACGGGAGGAGGAGCCUGGCAAAUUCACAAGCAGGUUCCACAACAAGGGUGUGUACGUGCGUGUGGGGCUGCAGAAGAUCAGCCAGGCCCGCAGCCUGCACAGGGAGAUCCGGCUGCAGGUGGAGCAGCGGGAGGUGGAGCUGCCCAGCCUGGAGGGCCUCAUCUUCAUCAACAUUCCCAGCUGGGGCUCGGGGGCCGACCUGUGGGGCUCCGACAGCGACGCAAGGUUUGAGAAGCCACGCAUGGACGACGGGCUGCUGGAGGUGGUGGGCGUGACAGGUGUCGUGCACAUGGGCCAGGUCCAGGGUGGGCUGCGCUCUGGGAUCCGUAUCGCCCAGGGCUCCUACUUCCGCGUCACGCUCCUCAAGGCCACCCCGGUACAGGUGGAUGGGGAGCCCUGGGUCCAGGCCCCCGGGCACAUGAUCAUCUCAGCUGCUGGCCCUAAGGUCCACAUGCUGAGGAAGGCCAAGCAGAAGCCCAGGAAGGCCGUGACCAGCAGGGAUGCCCGGGUGGAUGCCGCACCUGCCCCUGAGGGUGACCCCAAGUAGUGGUGGCUG